GGCCGAGGCGGGUAACCUGCCGCGACGGGAGCGGGCAGAGCCGGGCUGAGGGGCAGCCGCCCGGGAGAGCCGCCGCCGGUGGAGUCCCGCCGCUACUCCCCUGCUCUCCCCCGAGGGACGAUGGUGCCGCGGGCCUGGCGCAGCGCGGGGGCUCGCCCGUUCCUGCUGGCGCUGCUGCUGUUGGUGUAUCUGCCUCAGGGUCGCGGCCACCGAGCCACGGGGCCCCGGUUUUUGAUCAGUGACCGUGACAGAGACCCUCAGUGCAACCUGCAUUGCUCCAGGUCCCAGUCCAAGCCCCUGUGCGCCUCGGACGGCAGGACCUAUGAGUCAAUGUGCGACUACCAGAGAGCCAAGUGCCGCGAGCAGAGCCUGAGCGUGGCGCACCGCGGCCGCUGCAAAGAUGCUGGUCAAAGCAAGUGUCGGUUGGAGAGAACUCAAGCACUGGAGCAGGCAAAGAAACCCCAGGAAGCAGUCUUCAUCCCAGAAUGCAAUGAGGAUGGAUCAUUCACACAGGUGCAGUGCCAUACCUACACGGGAUACUGCUGGUGUGUGACACCUGAUGGCAAACCCAUUAGCGGCUCCUCCGUGCAGAACAAAACCCCUGUGUGCUCAGGUUCUGUAACUGACAAGCCCUCAAGCCAGGGUAAUUCAGGAAGGAAAGUUUCUUUUCGCUUCUUUUUAACCCUCAAUUCAGAUGACGGUUCCAAGCCGACGCCUACCAUGGAGACCCAGCCUAUUUUUGAUGGAGAAGAAAUCACAGCACCAACCCUUUGGAUUAAGCACUUGGUCAUCAAAGAUUCCAAGCUGAACAGCUCCAGUGUAAGGAAUUCAGAGAAAGUUCACUCCUGUGACCAGGAGAGGCAGAGCGCCCUGGAGGAGGCCAGGCAGAACCCCCGCGAGGGCAUCGUCAUCCCGGAGUGCGCUCCCGGAGGGCUCUACAAACCAGUGCAGUGCCACCAGUCGACUGGGUACUGCUGGUGUGUCCUGGUGGACACGGGACGCCCCUUGCCUGGCACUUCCACUCGCUAUGAGACCCCAGUGUGUGAAAGCGAUGCCAGAUCGAAGAGCACAGAGAUUGAUGAUCCAUUCAAGGACAGAGAGCUUCCAGGCUGUCCAGAAGGGAAGAAAAUUGAAUUUAUUACCAGCUUACUUGAUGCUCUGACUACAGACAUGGUACAGGCUAUAAACUCAGCAGCACCUACUGGGGGUGGGAGGUUCUCUGAGCCAGACCCCAGCCACACGCUGGAGGAGCGGGUGGUGCACUGGUACUUCAGCCAGCUGGACAACAACAGCAGCAGCGACAUCAACAAGCGGGAGCUGAAGCCCUUCAAGCGUUACGUCAAGAAGAAAGCCAAGCCCAAGAAGUGUGCCCGACGCUUCACUGACUACUGUGACCUCAACAAAGACAAGUCCAUUUCCCUUCAGGAGCUGAAGGGGUGCUUGGGGGUCAGCAAGGAAGGAGGUAGCCUGAGCGGUUUCCCCAGUGGAAAAAGACAAGGCCUUAACCCUUUCAUAGAUCGCCUGGUGUAGCUGCAGAAGACAAGAAGGGAAGGCAGGAGCCAACUCAGAGGCAAGAAGGAUCCAGUGACAGAGGGACAGACACCUUGCUGCUUGUGAGCAAGCAGGCAGCAUCAGCACCAUCCAGCGUGGCACAAGUGGCACCCAGAACGUUUGCACUUUUGAAUCAUUGGUUUGGGUUUGUUCUUAAUUGCUUUUCAAUGCCAUUAUCCAAUACUUUGGAGAGCAGGGGAGGGUAGCAGGAGCAUCACUUCUUGAAAUUGGAACAGCUACUGAUGAGUAAAACUGAGUUCUCUGGGACUCGAAAGAGAAUUUUAUAUACUGUAUAUAGAUAUAUAUGUAAAUUGUACAGUUGUCUUGUAUAGGGCUUGGAGUCACUGUCCCCUUCCUCCCUUCCCUUUGCUUUGGAAGGCUGCUGGGCUUAGAGGGACACUUUGCAUUUAGUGCAUUGCAUUAAUACAUUCAUUUCUGCCACCAAACCAGCCAGCAGCUGUCAAACCUUAACACCCCCCACGUGCAAAGGAGCAAGUCUGUCAGUGUGGCUUGUGCUUACAGGUAUGCACACAGUGGUCCAGAUACCAAAUGCUUCUUGGGAGCAGCUGAACCCCUUCUUUUCUUACCAUAAAGCCCUCUGCUGCUCUACCAGCAAUUGGGCUUUUGAGUGAGCACUGGUUUCAAGCUCUGCGUUGGUGCACUGCAGAGCUGCUUAAAGUAGGUUUAGAAAAGGGUUGUCCUGAGAACAUACAAGAAUAGGUUCUGCAUCUGUUGCAAGUUGGGCAGAAGGGAGUUGCAAAUUCCUUCCUAUCCAGGCUCAGAAGGUGUGUAGCAAAUAAUGUGCCCACACUGUGGGAAGGAUGUGGGAGCCACAGGCCUGGUAUAGUCAACAGAAUGGAGUCUUGCAUCUUCCUCUCUUGUAAAGCCUUCCACCUGAUGUUGCACAACAAUAAAAGAUACUGAGAAGCCUCCUAAGAGCAGCAUUAGGCUUGCCUGUUACUUUGCUGCAGAGCAAAGAAUGUUUUUGUCAGCGCAGAAAGACACAAUCAUGCUGCUGGUUUACUUCUGUUUCAGCACUGCAUCUUGGGCCAUGCUUACUGGUGAAGGUCUGUCUGCAGUGGCUGCUCCUGCCUUCUGUGGCUGUGAACUCAAUCUCCUUUCCUGCACGUGGUGUACCUGCUCAGCUGAGUGCAGCCUCUUCACCCAGUUCACUGUUAGCAGCGUCAAGCACACACUGGGGUCACAAUACCAAGCAGGCUUGGUGUUCCUGGAGGCCACAGGGUCAUGUCCAGAGUUGUUGCUUACUUGAUCUCAGAUACAAUUGUAAGGUCAGCAGGAGGGCAGUGGCACCCACACGAGCAAUGAGUCCCAGGUUUGGGCAGAGGACAAUGAGACUGUUUUGCUUUGUGCCUUGCCAGGCAGUGGCAGCACUUUGUUAGAUCACAGCAGAUGUUCUGAGCAGGUUCUCAGCUCAGACCUGGCUAUCCUUGUGCCACUCUCCUCUGGACUAAGAACUUUCAGCCAGAGACAAUGAGAUGCCAUGGUAAUACAGGGGCACACACACCAAGAGCUGUUUCUGAUGGCACUGUGCUGCUGCAGAGACUGGGCUUGUCCUUCAAGGCUUUGUUGCCUUGCUGAAGGAUGUUGCAGCAGCAUCUUCAAUGUGGCAUGGCAGCAUGGUGAUAGCAUGAGAGAAACACAUCACAGCAGGAGUGUCUGAUGCAGAUAAGUUAGUUCUUUGUUGACAACAUCUAUCAAAAGGAAAGCAGCAAACUAUAAAUAACUGUUUAAGAGUAGUCCUGACUUCCCCUGGGAAGUAGAUUUGAGCUCAUUAGAACAUUUGGCAUGGUUGAGACCAGCUCUGGUGAUCUCUGAGGUGAACGUUGCGCUACCAUAAUGUAAAGAGGUUGUCUCUGUAGCAAGAGCAGAUAUAUAAAGAUCAUGGUGAUCCUUCAAGGAAGCCCUGAUCACCUCUCUCCAGAUGCCACUGAGAUGGCUUUGGAGAAGCAGAGGACAGCCUGCUCUGAAGUAAUACCUAAGUGUGGAGGCAGAGAAAAGAACCCUUCAGAGCUAGGAAGCUGAGAAAGGGAGAAGGAAGGAGAGCACUGCUAGGGCCAAUGCCUGUGGUUACCUGGCACAUCUGGUUGGAAGAAACCUGGAAAACCAUCCAGUCCAAGGAAAAUCACCCACUCCAACCCUCGACCCAGCACUACACCAUGUCCCUGAGCACCAGGUCCACAUGCUGCUCGAACAGCUCUGGGGAUGGUGACUGUACUACCACCCUAGGUAGACCAGAUCCUGCUGCUGGAUCUUCAUGGUUUCUCACAUACAAUGUCAUGUGGGUUUAGGCCUGAAAGCUCCCAUUUACUCGAUUUGCCAUUUUUAAAUGCCACAGGCACACAUUUGGUGGUGAAAUGAUUUGGCUUAGUGUAUGGUUAAAAUGUUGCAGCCACUCGUUAAUCCUCGUAGGAGUAAAGAAUGAAUUCAAAUGCAUAAAGCAAUGCCAAGAAAGAAAACCCUCUCCUUUUUUAGGAUGCUAGUUUUAGGAAUUAAAAGCUCUGACUACUGGGUUGAUGUUUGGUUUAUUGGGUGGUUGUUUUGUUGUUGUUUGGGUUGUUGUUUUGCUUUGAAUUGUGUCCAGCAAAAUCAUCCAGGUGGAUGCCUGUAGGAGCUCUGUCAGCCAACCACUGGGACUAGGCAGUGCCCCACAAGCUUGUAGAGCUGCUCCAAGUCACUGCUGCUUUGACUGUGGGAUGUCAAACAGCCAGUGCUUCUGCCUGUCCUGUGGCUCCAGCUGCAGACCUUUUCCUCACGCUUGGCCCCUUCCCCUCCCAAAGGCCUGCAUUCACAUGCACUUGGCAAUUAAAAGCAGGUUAGUUCUUCAAGGAAAGCAGACCAGAGGUGGCUGUGGAUGUCACCUUUGGUACUGAAUAGAAUCAGCCUGGUUGGAAGAGGCCUCCAAGAUCGUAGAAGCAUAGAAUCAAGCAGGUUGGAAGAGACCUCCAAGAUCAUAGAAGCAUGGAAUCAAGCAGGUCGCAAGAGGCCUCCAAAAUCACAGAAUGAAGCAGGUUGGAAGAGACCUCCAAGAACGUAGAAUCAAGCAGGUUCAAGCAAAGCCUGGAUGGGGCACUUAGUGCCAUGGUCUGAUUGAUUGGACAGGGCUGGGUGCUAGGUUGGACUGGCUGAGCUUGGAGGUCUCUUCCAGCCUGGUUGAUUCUAUUCAGUACCAAAGGUGCCCUCAGCAGCCACCUCUGGUCUGCUUUUAAUUCUGUCCAGUCAACUAGGGGCUGUUCAUGUCGCUAGGCUAGAGCAGACUGUGGAUGAGUUUAGGUCCAAGCACUAUAUUGCUUUCCCCCUCACUGUCAUGAGACAUGUCAGGUCCCCUUGUCGUGGCUUUGCUUGGGCCUGUGAGAAGCUUUUAGCAACAGCUGUACAUUGGCACACAAGACCCAGCCAGCACGAUGAUGUAACACCCAACCAGAGCUUAGGUUACUUGUUGAGUCUGUGAGUUGGAAGAUCAUGCUGGUAGCACUGGUUCUGAUUCAUACAACUCGUCCUACAGUUUGUCCAACAGUCUGUGUUCGUCAGAAGAGAGAAGUGCUUUAAUUCCUCCCUUCCCCUGUUGCUUUUAUUGCCAGACAGCUGGAAAGUCCACCUGGCUGUCAGGCCAAACAUGGCCUUAUCUGGGGGUGGUAAGCAUUCUUCUGCUCUGCCUUGCAUCCUCCAGAAGCCAAAGUGUCAGUGUUGUGCCUAGAAGCAGAUCCUGGGCACAUCUGUCUUCAUCUUUCAAGUCCUUGUGGGCUUCUCCAGCUCUACUUUGAAUGACAGCUGAAAACAGCUGGGACAGAGAAGAGAACCAGGGCUGCACAGUGCAAGUCACCUGCUCCUCCUGCCAGAAGCAGAAGUCUUUUGCUGAACAUGCCAGAGUGCAGCGUGUUGAAGGGAACUGCAGUUGGUGGGAUUCACCUGUGUGAAGGCUCUGCUUGGCAUUGCCUGAGCUGGCGCUGAACUCACCGUGCCCCAGCAUGUUUCUGCCCAGGCCAUUGCUUGUUAGGUAGAAAGGCAUCUGUUUGACUUUGGGUUUGUAAUAAAAUAGGCAACUUUU